AAGUAUGUCUAGGAAUCUAAGUACUUAUAGUGGUUGAAUCAAUUUUAUAAAUAUAGGUAUUUCUGCUAUAUAUUGAUAUGUUAUGGUUUUUGUUGGCCUGUUGGAUUUGUUAUUAGAGUCAAUUUUGUUUCGUAAUUAUGAUAUUCUAUUUCAAACCAGCGGAAAUUAUGACCUAGGACAAAGAACAAAAAAUAUCGCCAUGUUACCUGAUAAAUGUAAAUGCACUUCGCAUGUGCUGCUCAACCAGUUCGCUCUAGAGUGCCUUCUUUGGUGUCUGUCCUUUUGGUUGCUUCUGAAAUAUUUUGGUGUAGCAUUACAGUCAGGCUAUAUGUGAAUCGUCUGCACUAGUUGUGGUUAUAGCUGAGUUUAAGUCAGCUGCACUAUCCUUCUUUAAUCAGAACAUAAUUAAAAUUUAUGUAACAAGGUUAUAUUUAAUAAGAGAUAUGGAACAGAACAUAAUUGUCAUGAUCUUCCAACUCAUAUUGGCUAUUAUUUUAACUAGGAGCCCCAGACAUCUUUACUGUUCUUCCUUGGACUUGGUUUGAAUGCUUUCCACUUGGUUAUACGAGUUCUAUAGUAUAACAUGAAAGGAAAAUAUGGCUCCAUAUCUCAACCUACUGUCAUACAAGUUUCCAAUUUCCCCGUCAAGUUUCUGUGAAGAGCCCAAGGUUUCUUCUGUACUGUGUUCAAUGGAGUAUCCUGUGCACUCAUGCUGUAAAUUUAGUAAAACUUGCUUAGUUAUGAACAAGUGAUCGUGUUUGGUUCUUUUGCUAGGUCAAGCAAUUGCUCAUCCAUCCUUGAAAAACAAUGUGUUUGGUAGGUCCAAAAGCCUUUGCUGAUAUGUGCCAGGAAAAGCUGGCCCAUGUGGUUCACUUCAGUGGGCAAAAAGUUUACUUACUUGCCAGUUUGCCAUGGAUCCAAAUAAAUGCCAUAGGUCACAAGUGAAAUUUUGAUGCAAGUGAAAUCAGGAUCUUCAAGAUAGUGCACUCUUUGGGUUACAGAAAUGUGGGGUUUUGCACCAAAUGUUUGGGUGUCUGGGUUGGGGAGGAAGAGUCCUCCAAAUUGCUCCUCUUCCAAUGUUGCGUGUUCUGAUGAUGAGGCAUCCUCAUGCACAAGUAGAGAAGAAGGCCUGGAGUGCCCCAUAUGUUGGGAGUCCUUCAACAUAGUCGAGAACAUACCUUAUGUGCUAUGGUGUGGCCACACCAUGUGCAAGAACUGCAUCCUAGGCCUUCAGUGGGCUGUCAUCAAAGUUCCAACUGUGCCAAUCCAGCUACCAUUCUUCAUCUGUUGCCCCUGGUGCAAUCUCCUGUCACUUCGCAUACUUUACAAAGGGAACAUCAUAUUCCCACGCAAAAAUUACUUCCUCCUUUGGAUGGUUGAGGGGAUGAAUGGCGAGCGGGCAAGAUCACGGUCUGCUGUUCAAACUGAGCAACAUACGACAUGGCUCUCAACCAGCAGUAGGGCAAAUGGAAUUGCUGGUUAUUCAAACCCCAUUAGACGUCCCCUUCCACCACAGGUUGAUACUUCGUCCUCCAGUGCAAAUCAUGCCAACCAUGGGGCCCCUCUCCUGAAUGCAGAGAGGGUACAAGCUUCGCUGCACAAGUCGCUGUCAUUCUUGGUUCACCUGACUGCCAAAUUUCCUCUGGUGUUCAUCUUCCUCCUCAUAGUGCUCUAUGCGAUCCCUGCCAGCGCAGCAGUCUUGUUAUUGUACAUCCUUAUCACAGUGCUGUUUGCGCUUCCCUCAUUCUUGAUAUUAUAUUUUGCGUAUCCGAGCCUAGACUGGCUUGUUAGAGAAAUCUUUGCUUGAGAUUUCCUCACGAGGCAAAAUCUCAAUGCUGCUGUUGAAUCCAUGUAACUGAACUCUCUAGUAUUUGAUGUGUGUGUAAGUGCGAAUGUUAUUACAUAAGUUUUGACUUUGACUACA